UUAAUUAACAGUCUUCUCUUACCAUUAGUACAUUGAAUGAAGAUGAUGAGUACAUUGAAUGAAGAUGAUGAUGAAAGAGUAGACUCUUUUCUCAUUUACAAAUUAUUUAAUUUCUUUUCCUCGUUUUCUUCUCUAUGAAUACUAACUUUCUCUCUCUUCUUUCAAUCUCUAAUCAAAUCCACAAAACCCUAAAACCUCGAUCCCUCCGGGGAAUCAUACUCAGUUGUUUAAUUUUCAUCGUUCCCGAUUCCAUUUCUCUUAGAUUCUUGAUCUGAUCUUGCUUCUUGAUCUUGAAAUGCAGUUUUUCAUUGAGAUUUUGUGGUUUUUUAUCCAUUGAAAUUGAAUUUUGAGUUUAGGAAUAUAUAGAGAAAGAGAUGUAUAAAAACCAGCUUCAAGAGCUGGCACAAAGAAGUUGUUUUAAUCUGCCAUCAUAUAUAUGUAUAAGAGAAGGACCAGAUCAUGCACCAAGAUUCAAAGCUACUGUUAAUUUUAAUGGUGAAGUAUUUGAGAGUCCAAAUUUUUGUACAACAUUAAGACAAGCUGAACAUUCUGCUGCUGAAAUUGCAUUUAAUUCUUUAUCUAAUAGAGGUCCAUCUCAUUCCCUUGCUGCUAGGAUCCUGGAUGAGACAGGAGUUUACAAAAACCUCUUACAGGAAAUUGCACAAAGAGUUGGAGCAUCACUUCCAAUAUAUUCAACCACCAGAUCAGGCCUUGGACACCUACCUGUCUUUACCUGCACGGUUGAGCUUGCUGGAAUCGCAUUUACAGGUGAACCAGCAAAGAACAAGAAGCAGGCCGAGAAGAAUGCAGCCAUGGCAGCAUGGUCAUCUCUUAAACAAUUGACACGACAAGCUGUGAAUUCAGCAUUUGAGAAAGAGAUCAAUGAUGAGCUGGAACAGAUUACAGUAGCUCGAGCACUACUGAAAUACCGUCUGAAAGAAAAGAUAGCAAUGACAAACGUAAAUGAACAAUCACCAUGCACAGCGAAGUUUCCGAUGCAAAGCACUCGAUCAUCUCAGCCUCUUCCUGUUACUUCAUCAAAGAUUCUCCCUUUAAUCCGCCCAAGACAGGCUCAACGAAUUAGACCUAUUCCCACUGCUGCGACUGAUGGUUCCCAAUCAUCAGCAGACCAUUGUGGAUACCGUCCUCAGAAGUUACCUGCUGCAGGUGCAGCACCUUUUGUUCCUACGAGGCAUUUCAGGCCAUCAUAUCACGGAAUGGCACCACCAGUGACGAUGAGAAAUGCAGUACCAGUUUUUUCUGCACCUCCUCUUCCCCCAAGAACAAACCAACCUCCAGUACUUGGGACGCCACCUUUGUGUAUUUCCCCGUCAGUUCAUGUUAGGCACGUUGUGCCAGUUUUUGCUGCUCCGCCAAUACGGAGAGAUGGACCACCAAUACUUUUUAUUCCUCGGCCAUUUACCAGGUCAUCCCUGCAUAUAGAGGAGAUUCAAAAUAUUACUGGUAUUGAGCAUUCUGAAUCUGCGACUAGGAAGGACCUGGAGCAGCUGAAAAUCUGAAUUGACAGAAUUCUGGAGGAUUAGGAACAUAUAUGUAUAUAUUUUUUAAGUUGUUAUAUUUAUAUGCUGAGUUUUUUUCUUUUCUUUUCUUUUCUUUUCUUCCUUCCAUAUUUUAAACUUUUGUAAAAGGUACCCUGUUACAGGCUUCAAUAGUAUUUGAACUUCAAAUCGUCAGA